GUGUCCCACAGAACUGAAGUCCUGUGCCCUUUGUUGUUCUGAACACAUGUCCUGAUUAUCUCUGUAGAAAAUCAGUUAGUGUCUUUUCACGUCUUUAUUGCAACCUCUAAUUUUGAUAUCAUGCUUAGUUUAUGUGAUAAGUUUCUGCUUAGUGGGAUGAUGGAGAAGGAACUAUUUCUGAUUUUUCAGUAAGUCUUUGGUAGGUGUCAUAUAAAAAUAAGUCACUUUUUUCCUGUAUAAAAAUUAUAAAGAGGAGUGAUAAUUUUCCAGAGUGAUUAUUAGGGUGAGCAAACUUGGCAGGGGAUAGGAGACUUUGUAACAGUUUUUUGGUUUUUUUAAAUUAAAAUUCAUAUCUGAGAUUUCUUUUCUUUUCUUUUUUUUUUUUAUUUUGGCAAAAAGCAACUUUUUUAUUUAGCAAACUUGAGUCUAGGUAAUUCUAUAGCUGGGUAAAGUAGGGACAUCAGCCCAAGAGGAAAGGAUUCUAUUAAGUUAAUGUGGAUGCAUAUUUUAUAGGCCUGGAGGGGAGGGAGAAUAAAUAAAGUUUUCAAUUUCAGGUUGAGCCCUGGGCAGGCAUGCCAUGUCUGUAUCUUUUUUCCUAGCAGGAAAACUGAAUCCAGGCCCUACCACCACUGAAGUGUCUUGGGGGAGGGCUGCUCAUGUAAGGUGCUAGGUUAAAUAGAAUGUGACUGGCUUUGCACUGCUCUCCUGGGAUUUUCCAUUAUAAAAAGUAACAGAGUAUUGUAACAUCUGCAUCUCAACAGUCAUCAACACUGUAAAAAACUGCACUAUACACAAAUGCCUACAUAUUGUAUAAUUCCAUUUAUAUUAAAUGUCCUUCAUUGGCAAAUCCAACAGAAACAGAAAGUAGAUUCAUGGUUGCCAGGGUCUUGGAGGGAAGCAUUGGAAGAAAAUGGAGAGUGCCUGCUAAUGUGUUUGGGAUUUCUUCUGGGAUAAUAAAAACGUUCUAGAAUUUGAUAGUGGUGACCAUUGCACAUCUCCGUGAAUAUACUUUAAACCCCUGUACUGUAUACUUAAAAAAAAAAAACAAAAAACGAAAACAAGCAUAAAAAGCUGAUCUGUGGAGGAAUGAACAAAGUCAAUAAAAAGGUGAUUAUGGUAAAAACUCUUUUACUUAUGUUCUAGCAGAAAUAUUGUUUGAUAACAUUGCAGCUCGGGCCUUGAACAUUGUAAUUUGUGCUUUAUCGCCCUGUUCCUGACCUCCAUAGGGCCACGAUGGGCCUCCUGGAACAUUGGUGUGUUCAUCUGCAUUCGAUGUGCUGGAAUCCACAGGAAUCUGGGGGUGCACAUAUCCAGGGUAAAAUCAGUUAACCUCGACCAGUGGACUCAAGAACAGAUUCAGUGCAUGCAGGAGAUGGGGAACGGAAAGGCAAAUCGACUCUAUGAAGCCUACCUUCCUGAGACCUUUCGGCGACCUCAGAUAGACCCAGCUGUCGAGGGAUUUAUUCGAGAUAAAUAUGAGAAGAAGAAAUACAUGGACCGAAGUCUGGACAUCAAUGCCUUUAGGAAAGAAAAAGAUGACAAGUGGAAAAGGGGGGGUGAACCAGCUCCAGAGAAAAAAAUGGAACCUGUUGUUUUUGAGAAAGUGAAAAUGCCACAGAAGAAAGAAGAUCCACAGCUACCUCGGAAAAGCUCCCCGAAAUCCACAGCACCUGUCAUGGAUUUGUUGGGACUUGAUGCUCCUGUGGCCACCUCCAUUGCAAAUAGUAAGACCAGCAACACUCUAGAGAAGGAUUUAGAUCUUUUGGCCUCUGUUCCAUCCCCUUCUUCUUCAGUUUCCAGAAAGGUUGUAGGUUCCAUGCCAACUGCAGGGAGUGCCGGAUCUGUUCCUGAAAACCUGAACCUGUUUCCAGAGCCAGGGAGCAAAUCGGAAGAAAUAGGCAAGAAACAGCUCUCUAAAGAUUCCAUCCUUUCACUGUAUGGAUCCCAGACGCCUCAAAUGCCUGCCCAAGCAAUGUUCAUGGCUCCUGCUCAAAUGGCAUAUCCCACAGCCUACCCCAGCUUCCCUGGGGUCACACCUCCUAACAGCAUAAUGGGGAGCAUGAUGCCCCCUCCAGUAGGCAUCGUAGCACAGCCAGGAGCUUCUGGGAUGGUUGCCCCCAUGGCCAUGCCUGCAGGCUAUAUGGGGGGCAUGCAGGCAUCUAUGAUGGGUGUGCCGAAUGGAAUGAUGCCCACCCAGCAGGCUGGCUACAUGGCAGGCAUGGCAGCUAUGCCCCAGACUAUGUAUGGGGUUCAGCCAGCUCAGCAGCUACAGUGGAACCUUACUCAGAUGACCCAGCAGAUGGCUGGGAUGAACUUCUAUGGAGCCAACGGCAUGAUGAGCUAUGGACAGUCAAUGAGCGGCGGAAACGGACAGGCAACAAAUCAGACUCUUAGUCCUCAGAUGUGGAAAUAAAAACAAAACACCUGGAUGGCCACCACUCUCCCCAGCCCUCGCUCUCCCCUCUCUCAUCUUUCCCCAACUGACCCCCGCCCAUCCCCUUUCCCUACCUCUCUCUGUUUGGUUUAGAAAUUGCUCAAUAAGUCAUUUGAGGUUUGGCAUUCUGCCCAGCCCAACCACUUCCCAAACACACAGACCUCUCUGUUGCUUUAUGUUGUACAUGUCCCCUUGCCAUCCCCACUUCCUCCCCAGCCCCUAGUCCUCUCCUGGCACCAGCACCUUAGAAAUUGUUGGCAGAAGGCACAUACACUGUGGGAGAAAUGUGCAUGCCCUUGAGUAUUUUCCCUCAAGGUUAAACCUCCUUUCAGACUCUCAGAAAGGUCUGUAGGAGUUGUAUAUUAGGCAGAGGAGAGGGUUUAGAGGUCCUUAUAUAUGUGUUACUAAGCUAUUUCUAAGUGUUUAAGUUUCUGGUUGAAGAAGGAAGUAUCAUGUUCCCAUGAUUUACAGGAAUGAGGAAAGCACUGAAAUCAAAUUAAAUAUUCCUUGGGUCUUGGAUCAGGUCGACCCCAUCCCUGGGAUGAGGCAAGCCCCCUCCUGUGAGGAUGAGCAAAAAUACCACUCUCCUUUGCCCUGAGUUGCUUUCUCGAUCUGGGGCUUCAGGACUCGCCGCUUCAGUCAGCCUUUAUUAGCACCAAAGACAUUGUGAAGUUCCCACACACAAACACACACCCCUUCCCCACCUCCUGCCUGCCUUCAGUGCGAUCUGGCUCCACGGCUGGAGGAGCAACCCACGCAGUGGGAGUGUGGCGCUUAAUUUAAGUGUGUGCUGCUCACGUUUGUGUGUGUGUGUGUGUGUGUGUGUGUGCGUGUGUGUAUGCCACUUCCCACCCUCUCUCCACUUGCUCUGGGUAUUUUUGUUUUGUUUUGUUAGUUUUAGGUUUGCAACAGAGAGGAGUUAAUUUAUCAACAGUCUAAAACUGUUGCUAGUUUUUCUUAUAGUUUAAAAAAAUUGCCAUCUCAUUGAUAGCUCCCUUCUACCUUUUCCUCCUCCCAAUUUGCCAACCACUCUUUCAUGCCUGUGUAUCCAGGGUGCUCUGUUUUCCCACCUUUUCCAGGUGAACAAGGCAGAGAGCCUGGACAGCUUUCCUCUCAGUCAUUGUUCACCCCACUUGAAAAUUCAAACAAGAAAACUUUGCUUAAAAGAUUUCAUGUGUGGGAACCACAAUUCCUGGUUGCCUUUCUCCUGUGUAUGUGUAAAUUCCUUAAUAAAUAUUGCAGGGAAGGACCA